AUGGCUCGUCGGAAUCUUUUCAGUGGAGGCAGCAAUGGAAGUGACCACGAUUCCUAUCCCAAACGUGCGCGAGGCAACAACCGAAGAGCUCCCAGCAGUAAACGAGCGUUAGAAGCGCCUACUACACACCAGAAACGACAACCGCCACGUCCCCACCGCAGCAGGUUCGACUAUGAGACCAGAAACUUGGACGACUCGUACGCAACGACUGCGCCCGCUGUGAGUACAAGAAGAGACGACAACAUCUUCGACAUACCCAUUAUCAGUACAAGGAGAGAAGCGCUAGACAGCACCUGCGCAGUGGUCGACUACGACGGAGGCCUCGUCAGUGGCAAGGCACUGCAAACUGGAGACGACGGGAUCUCCAUCAAUGCCAACAGCUCAGUACCAUCCCAUGACGGAGCUAUCGAGAAAGGAUAUGUGGAGCUCGUGUCCGGUCGAAACAUUGGACUACUCGUGUCUACGUUGUGUGCAGGAGUACUAAUCACUUGUCUGAAGAGAGGACUGCUCCCUCUUCUUCAAGCAGAACUCGAGUUGGAGACGUACCAGGUGGAUGCAGCAAAUGUACUCAUGCUGUUGCCGUGGUCGUACACUUUCGUAUGGGGUUUUCUUUCCGACGCGGUACCCUUAUUGGGAUCUCGACGCAAGUCGUAUAUUAUAGCUGGAUGGGUCGUGUCAUUACUGACGUGCUUUGCUAUGGCAAUCCUCAAUUACACACUCGAGUACAACGCGUUAUCGAGUCGAGCAGCAACAGAAGAAGCGCUACAGAACCGAGUGGCACUCAUCGAUGGGUACAUCGGACUUUUGAUGCUCGCCAGCUUUGGCGGCGUCCUCACGUUGAUCAUCUCCGAGACAUAUGUGGUCGCACAAACCCGUCGAGAGCCUCUGGAAGUGCGUGGCAUGGCGUUGGGGACAAUUCUACUGACACAGUUCAUGGGCGAACUUGUGGGACAGAUUAUCUCGGACAUGGCCAUUUUCCACAUCACCGAGCUCGGACUCACGCCCAUCGUCUCGUUCCGGCAAACCGCCAUGUUCUUCAUGUUUUAUUCACUUGUGCCGUUGCUUACGCUGAUUUUCUUCUUCCACGAAGACCCCGAUCCGCCAGAAAUCGACGACGGAGAAACGAAUUACGGCGCUGACGAAUCUCACAUUUUUAUUCAAGAAGAAUUGGCCUCUAUGGGCUGUUUCCAAGGCCUCCAAGUCAAGUGGCUGCGACUACGAAGAGCUCUCGCCAAGGAGUCGACAAUUCGCAUCAUCCGCUUCUUCAUGAUCUUCGUGUUUCUAUCGGAAUUUACCCUCACGUAUCCACAUGCUCAACUUGAAAUUUGGUGUAAUUUCACGGACAAGGCUCAAUCAUCCAGCCACAUUACGACGGGGGCGCUCUAUGUGCUGGCAGCAGCAGCGUGGAAGUACUGUGCGCUAAACUGCAACUGGCGCUAUUGCGUCACCGUCAGUCUGCUCGUCAUUAUGAUGCUGCCUCAACUUGUUUUCUACUUUCUGGCGACUUGGUCGAUCGGUAUGCGGAGUCAAGAAACUUUCAUCUUUAUGACGGCGUUGCGAGGAUUCAUGCGCGGUGGGCUGGUCAUACUGGAAGUGGCUUUGUCGGCCGAGAUCGCUCCUGUCGGUGGAGAAGGGGCGUUCGUCGGUAUCAUCGUGUCGAUGAGCAGCAUCAUGCGACUGUUGUCUACCACUUUUUCGAACGUUCUGGGCUUCGCAUUUGAAGACCCCAGUCUGUACGGCACAGAACACCAGAGCGAUCAGGUGAUCUUCGGACUCGGUAUCUGCUACUCUGUCCGACUCAUUAGUCUUGUGGCGCUGCUCUUUUUACCACGACAGAAACAAGAGCUCCAGCGACUCCACCGUUUUGGCGCUCAAGGGGAUAAAAGCACGACGUGGUGGGUCUUGGGAUCACUAGGAUGCGCCUUCUUCGUCAGCGCUAUCUUCAACUUGCUAGCCGUCAUCCCGAGCACUUCGUGCUUGCAGAUUGUAGGCGGUGCAGGCUGCAAAUAA